GUUAAGCUCUUUUCUUCUCUUCUCGUCAUGACAGAAUCUGUACACGAAGAGCAGCAGUACCUGGAUCUAAUCCGACGCGUGUUGGAUUCAGGAGCUACGCGUCCUGAUCGAACAGGGACCGGAACCAUAUCCCUCUUUGCACCCCCGUCCCUCCGAUUCACGCUUUCCGACAACACCCUUCCUCUUCUCACCACCAAACGCACCUUCCUCAGAGGAAUCGUCGAGGAGCUCAUCUGGUUUGUGCACGGUGCGACGGACUCGAAGCUGCUUUCCGAAAAGGGCGUCAAGAUCUGGGAUGGCAACGGCUCGAAAGAGUUUUUGGAGGCGCGUGGGCUGGGGCACCGCCGCGAAGGUGAUCUGGGGCCCGUGUAUGGAUUUCAGUGGCGCCAUUUUGGUGCCAAGUAUGAGGACUGCGAUAAGAACUACGCGGGAGAGGGUGUGGACCAGCUGAGGGAGUGCAUACAGAAGAUCAAGGAGAAUCCGACAGAUCGGAGGAUCAUUCUUAGUGCUUGGAAUCCCGCCGAUAUCCCACAAAUGGCGCUCCCACCUUGCCACAUGAUGUGCCAAUUCUACGUCCAUCUCCCCGACUCUCCCACAGCCAAGCCUAAGCUGUCGUGUCUAAUGUUCCAGCGCUCUGCAGACCUGGGGCUUGGGAUCCCAUUCAACAUCGCGUCGUACGCGCUUUUGACGCACAUGAUCGCACAUGUGACGGGAACCGACGCGCAGGAGCUGAUUAUCCAGCUUGGCGACGCGCAUGUGUACCGGGAUCAUGUCGAUGCACUAGAGAUCCAGUUGAAGCGCGCGCCAAAGCCGUUUCCCAAGAUCAGAUGGGCCCGGGAGGGUAUCACGGACAUCGAAGAGUUCCAGGCAGAUGAUUUCGUAGUCGAAGGAUACGCGCCACAUGCUAGUAUCCCGAUGAAAAUGAGUGUAUGAGUGUAUCGCUAUCUAUUUGCAUUUCUACAGGAAGUAAAAAUAUGCCGCUAUGUAUUUGUUUUUUCCAGAGAGUAAAAAUACAUCUCUGGAUAAAGAUAGAAAGCGCAACGUACGCUCUCGGAUGCCGGGAGGCUUAGUUUGUUGAUGUGCCGAGCCAUGAUCUUUUGUCUCGCUUGGGGGACGAGACGUGCUAGAUGGCCGAUAGCCGCAACGCGGAUCGAUGGUCAGAGACCCCAAGGUGCCGGAGCUUCGCACUCCGGGGUGGUUCGAGUUGAAGCUACCGUUUUUGUUUUCGAUCGCCUGCGGGGCUGGGGAAACUGGGACUGCGAUUCUGGGACGAAGCCAGGACCACAUAACAGAUGCACCAAUCAGGGCAAGUGACAGCACUGACAAUACUGGAUUGACG